GAAAAGUGAGCGUUCCACUCAGUUCGCAGUCAGACAGUAUUCAAACCUCAUAGAAAACGGGUGUUAGAAACUCGGAAGCUCCGUUUUAAAUACAUAUAUUUUGUAUUCACAAAGCCAUAAAAAGUGUGACAGUAAAAAUAAUUACUAAAAUAAAGAAGUGUUUAUCUAAACAAAAAGUACGAAGAGAAUUCCACAAAAUAAAUGCAUACAAAGUGUUUUAAGUGCUACGCACAAAUCUAUCACUUUCGGACAUUUUUCAAGUUUAGUAUAGCGCACUUGUGUAAUUUCAAGUAAUUUGUGCGUCACUCUUAUCACCUUCCUCUACUGAAUCGUACAUCCUUGGCGUUCGUUAACUCCUGCGAAAGCGCGCUGAAAAAAUUUUCCAACUUUUUUCUCCUUAAAAGUCAACAUUAAAUUUAACUAGCAAAAUGGCUUUACGUUGUGCCGGUUUAUUUAUCAGCAAGGAGCUCGCGGUCCCGUCCCAGCUGGCAACACACUUCCGCAACCUUAAUUUGACCUCUGUGCGCCAAGCACAUUUCCUCAAGAAUUCACCCAAUGCUGCACUCAGUAAGACACUGUUGGAUCGUUAUCGCGAACUCGAAACCCCAAGUAAUCGCGUACAGGCUACUUAUCUGUGGAUCGAUGGCACUGGUGAGAAUAUCCGUUUAAAGGAUCGUGUCUUGAAUAAAGUGCCCAGUACUGUGCAAGAUCUUCCCCAAUGGCAGUAUGAUGGCAGCUCGACUUAUCAGGCUUCCGGUGAAAACUCGGACACCACCCUAGUGCCACGUGCCCUCUAUCGGGAUCCUUUCAAGCCCGGCAAGAAUGAUAUUAUUGUGAUGUGUGAUACCUACACAGCUGAUGGACAUCCUACACCCUCCAACAAGCGUGCUGCCUGCCAGGAAGCUAUAGAUAAAGUCGCUGAUCAGGAGCCCUGGUUCGGCAUAGAACAGGAGUAUACCUUACUUGAUGUAGAAGGACGUCCUUUCGGCUGGCCCGAGGGUGGCUUCCCCGCUCCCCAAGGACCUUACUAUUGUGGAGUGGGCGCUGACCGCGUUUACGCGCGUGAACUAGUUGAAGCACACGCCAUUGCUUGCUUGUAUGCUGGUAUUGAAUUUGCCGGAACUAAUGCUGAAGUUAUGCCUGCACAGUGGGAAUACCAGGUGGGCCCUUGCGUUGGUCUUAAAGCUAGUGAUGAUCUCUGGGUCUCACGCUACAUUCUACAACGCAUUGCUGAGGAAUACGGGAUUGUCGUCACGUUCGAUCCCAAACCAAUGGAAGGACCAUGGAAUGGUGCUGGUGCGCAUCACAAUUUCUCCACCAAAGCAAUGCGUGUCGAUGGUGGUAUGAAAGCCAUUGAGGAGGCUAUUAAGAAGCUGAGCAAACACCAAGAGCGCCACAUUCGUGCCUAUGAUCCCAAAGAGGGCAAAGAUAACGAACGUCGUUUGGUGGGUCGUUUGGAGACUUCAAGCAUCGACAAGUUCUCUUGGGGAGUAGCUAACCGUGGAUCCAGCGUGCGUAUUCCACGUGGUGUUGCCACAGCUGGCAAAGGCUAUUUCGAAGAUCGUCGUCCCAGCUCUAACUGCGAUCCUUAUGCUGUUUGCAAUGCACUGGUCAGAACCUGUCUACUCGAUGAAUAAAUUGAGAAUGCAAAUAGCGCAAGCUCAUACGCUACAAGUUAGACAAAAAAAAUUUAAUAGCGAAAAAA